AUGAAAGUCUUAAAACUUCAAAUAUUUUUCUUAAUAUCGACUUGCUUGAAAUGUGCAAAUUCCGAUAGAUUAUUAGCAAUUCAGAGAUUCGGUGCAGGAUAUCCAAGCUUUCAUUCAAUUAGUAUGGGAAAUGAUGGAGGACUGAUUUGUGCCAAUUUUAAAUGCAGGAAUCCACCUCAUUUGUGCAGAAUUCAGAGUAAAAGUGAUCAAAGCAGGAAUUACUUGAUGACAACAAUUGACUGUAUUGGUCCUCGAAUGGUCAUCUCAAAUCGAUGGUCUAUCAGACAAGAAAGUCCAAAUAAUCGUAAAUACAUCGAUAUUCUGACAGAAGCUGACUUGACUGGAGAAAUUUUAAAUACACAAAAUAUUGAGAAAGGCGAUGAGAAAUUCAUUGACCUCUUUCUAACCAAAAAAAAUUGA